AUGCUGUUUCUCUCGUUUAUCCUUCUAGCAUGGCUGCUGCCAGCGGGACUCCUUGCUCAGUCUAGGUGCAAUGGACGUCCAGAGUUCUGCGAUCGCCGUUACGCGGAUAUGCGAUUUGUGGGUGCCCACAACUCCCCUUUUGUCGGCAUUCUACCGCAGCACAACCAGGAGAUUUCGGUUACGAAGCAGCUUGACCUGGGAAUCCGCUACCUGCAAGGCCAGACGCGUGUGCACAAGGAAAAGAAGACACUGAACAUGUGCCACACCUCUUGCUUCCUGGAAGACGCAGGCCCUGUGGAAAAGUUCCUUGGGACUAUCAAGACGUGGCUGGAUGGGCAUCCGGAAGAGGUGGUAACGCUCCUUCUCACCAAUGGCGAUUUCGUCGACAUCAGCAGAUUCGACGAGGCCUUUACGAAAAGUGGAAUCAAAAAAUACGUAUACGUCCCGCCAGCGGCCCCUGACGUGAUCCCGAUGGGUUCCUGGCCUACAUUAGGUGAAAUCAUCAAGUCUGGAAAGAGAUUGAUUGUAUUCUUAGACUACAAAGCCGACAUGUCCAAGUAUCCGUAUAUCUUGGACGAAUUUGCUUACUACUUUGAGACGCCCUUUUCCACCACCGAUCCCAAGUUCCCACAGUGCAAGAUUGACCGUCCUCCAAACGCAAAGGCAGAUGGAAGACUCUACUUGGUAAAUCAUACGCUAAAUGUUGAUAUCCUAGGUGUGAUUGUCCCUGAUCGUAUCAACGCACCGAGAACCAACGCCGCCACUGGGGAGGGAAGCAUAGGGGCGCAUGUGGACUUGUGCAAUUCGAUAUACAAACGCAAGCCCAAUGUUGUUCUUCUCGAUUUUAUCAAUCAGGGAGAGGUGUUCAAGGCGCAGAACCGAAUGAAUGGAUUCUAG